AUGUCCGGAAAGAUGGCUUGCAACUCGUUCAAGACACGGCGAGCUGUGAUAUUACUGUCAGUCAUCCUGGUGUUCAACAUCCUCUUCCUAGUCACACUGGUACCUCGCCCACAUGACAUACCUCAUGGGCAUGUUGCACAGCGCGACACAGAUCUCUUGACAAGCUUUGAUGCCGAGACAUCACGGAACCAAACACUACUUUCUCGAGGCAACAGCAAGGACGACCAAUGGAUUGAGCCAAUGUAUCUGUUGGUUCCAGAGGAGAAGAUCAAUGCUUUGCCAGACUAUGAUGAGGAGGAUCCCAACAAGAAGCGAAAGAUCCUAGCUGCUAGAAAGGGGUUUCGGCUCCUUUGCAAUAUGAGAAGCCCGGCAGAGACUAUUCCGACAGAUACAAGCUUCAAGCCUCGGGAGGGGAAGAGUGCGAAGGAUAUUCGUGUCGACUAUGGAUGGUCAAAUAGGCUGGGAAAGCCCGGGUUCAGUGACUCCGCAAUAGUUGUAAAGCUCGGCAAAGCAUUGAGUGAUCUCAAGCUGAGCAAGGACCCAGCUGACUGGAUCGUGAGCGGCAUGGAUCACAAAGCCACCUCCAAAGGACCAGAUGGUCAAGGAAGCUAUCCAGUAACUAAGGGUUCCUACGAGAAUCUUUUCGACCUUGCCAACGGCGGCCUUAUCGCUGCCUACAACUACAGUCCGGAGGAAAUGGCUUCGAAGCUGGGCCUACAAGUUCCGGCCAGUCGGCUAGUGCCCUUCCGAAAAUGGAGUGAUGUGGUCUGGGUCGGCAGGGAAGAAGCAAGCGCCAAGUAUAAAGAAGACAAUGCUGGCGAUGGCAACGCCGUCAAGAAUUUGGAGCACGUCUUCCAGUACAACAUUGUCACUGAAAGCACGGAGGAUAUAUUGCGGAUGGUCACCGGUCAAAGAGACCCGAAGGCGGUCGGAGUCUGGCCAGGCGUAUCCUACCCAAUCGAGGAGCCGCAGGGACUUGCUGUGCUGGGUACAGUGCAUGGAGCCGGUGUUGCUUGGAUGCUUUCCCAGCACAAGGAAGCCAUGGGUGUUCGUGCGAUCGAUCGUAUCAACGUUUUCAACUGCGACCCAGGCGCCCCAUGCUGGUGCAUCUACCUGCACAUCUCCGACGUUGCAACAGCGUCAUAA